AUGUCUAAUACAAAUUUUUUAUUGGAUCUUUUUGAAUAUAUUCCACCUUCCCAUGUUGCUUUAUUCUUACGUCUUAUUCGACUGUAUCCAAUGAAUAUUGUCGAUAAUUAUUUUAAAAGAGAACAAACCAUUUUGACUAUUAUUAAUGAAACGACUAAUAGUGACUAUAAAGCUAAUAUUUGGCCAAAAAUAAUGUCGAUUAGUCGUAUACCAGAAUUAGUUGACCAAGUGUUACUUAGCAACGAGAAUGAACGUUUAUUAUCAGCAAUUGAAAAAUUACAGUGCAGAUUCGAAUUACAACCACAUCGUUUUAGAAUUUAUCAGUUGCUUCCAAUAUCAAAAAUUUGUAUCAUAUGUCAAGGUAUAUUAGGAGAACCAAAAUUUGAUGAAAUUUGCAAUAUUAUCGGUCGAAAUGAUAUAUACAACGGUGUGUUAUAUAAAAAUGAAUGCUGUGAUAUGAUUUAUAAAUAUGGAUAUAUACGUAAUCGACGAACUCGUGAGCGAUUACUUAUACCUGAUGCAAUUUUUAAACAAGAAUUUAUUCAUUUAUUUGAUCGUUUAAUCUAUGAACGUUCACUACUUGUUGCAUUUACUAAUCUUCUUCAUGGAGCCGCAUCAAAUUUUCUAUCAUAUACUAAUGCAACCAAUGCAGAUAUUGAUCAAAAUCGAAAUUUUAAUAAUCAAUUGCCU